UGUAGUCGUUCGAGUGUUCUCAUUUUCUCCCGUGAGCGUCUGGAAAGCCGCUCUGUCCGUUUCGCUCAGUGUGACCGAGGCGGCGGCGGUAAUGGCAGCGGGCAGGUCUGUGCGAGCGGCGCGGAGUUGCUUGAGCCCUUUUUGGCUCCACUUGAAUUACCCUCCGAUCCACUCCAACAGAGGUUUGCUCUUCGCCUUCAGUACCGCUGCACAACAAAAGAGCACAGGGGAUGAUUGUGGCCCAGAAGAUCCUCAGAAUGAACCUAGACAAAUCUUGAGGGGGGGAAAUUUAGAGCACAAGACCAUCAAGCUAGAAGAACAACUCCGUGUCUUAACAGAACGAUACCAAAGAGCCCUAAUGGAUUCUGAAAAUGUCAGGCGUAGGACACAAAAGUUUGUUGAGGAUGCUAAGAUUUUUGGCAUCCAAAGUUUCUGCAGAGAUCUGGUAGAAGUAGCAGAUAUCCUGAAGACAACCUUGGAGAUUGUUGUAGAGGAAGAUAAUGAUCCAGCUCUGGCCCUGAAUAAGAUCUGUGAAGGCCUGACUCUUAUAGAAGUCAAACUACAAAGCAUCUUUACUAAGCACGGCCUGCAAAAAAUGAACCCCAUUGGUGGCAGAUAUGACCCCUAUGACCAUGAAAUAGUGUGUCAUGUGCCAGCAGAAGAUACGCAAACGGGCACUGUGGCUUUAGUGACACUGGAUGGUUAUAAACUUCAUGGCCGCACUAUCAGACAUGCACAUGUAGGUGUGGCAGUAGAAUCUCAAGAAUCUGAUGAACCUGCAUCUUAGUAAUUGGGAUCUUAUGAGCCUAUUUCUUUUGUCCACAUCAUUACUGCUGCUUUAUUUAUUAAGCCACACUGGUAUGAUUUGCUGGUCUCUCGGGAUUGGCAUGAUAAUUUGGCCUUCCCUUUCAAGAUGUAGUUAUUGAAUGCUAGUUUUUCCUGUUGUGUAAAGAUAUUUUUU